AAACUAUAUGGAAUGGCGGACAAUUCCAUCCACCGAAACGAACCACAUUCUUUGCCCACUCUUAGAUGAAUGCGUGGUGGUGAACCUGGAGGACAUCCUCAUCUACUCGCGUGAUAUGAAGGAGCACAUCGAACACCUGCGACGCGUCUUCGAAAUUCUUCGGGGAGAACGAUUCUACGUCAAAUUGUCCACGAGCGAUUUUGCUCUCGAGAAGGUCCAAUUCCUCGGACAUAUGGUAAACUCUCAAAGAGUUCACAUUGACCCCAAGAUAAUCGAAGCCGUACACACGUGGAAGACACCCGAGAACGUGAAGGUGUUGCAGCAGUUCCUAGGCUUCACCAACUACUACAACAAAUUCGUGCGACAGUUCGCGAAAAUUGUCGUGCCACUCACGAAUCUGCUGAAGAAGAACACGCCCGACAAGUGGGAACCAAAGCACAAGGAAGGCGUGGAGCAGCUUAAACAAGCACUCACGUCCACACCCGUACUCAUCUUGCCAGACCCCGAAUGCGACUACGUCAUCGAAGCUGAUGCCAGCGACCAAGCAGUGGGGGCAAUCUUGAAGAAAGACUAGGGGAAUGGACUGCAACCAAUCG